AUGUCGCUCAAGUAUAACGAAGAGUUUAAAUACGCAUUACGUGACAUAGCCAACAACUCUUUCAAGCUGGAAAAUCAAUUUGACAGAGUCCGUUGUACUGAAUGGGUCCAUAAGAUGGUGAUGUUGUCAGAUGACUCUUUAGAAAAUAUUAAAAUUCGCAAUGAUUAUGCUCAAUAUUUACGUAUAAUGCUUAGAGCUGGUGUUCUGCAUGGAAUAUUUUCCAACAGUCCGCCAGCAACUUUAAUGCCUUUCGCUGAAGCUAUGGGAAAAUUGGUAGCAUCAAAAGUAACAUCUCUUCCGCCUAUGGGACCAAUUAAUGUGUAUAUGAAGCACUGGUCUCCGGAUGGACGAGCUUAUGUAGCUAUAAAACCAAUACCUGGAAAAGGAGUGCUAACUUACCUUUCAGUCACUCCAAUAAGUGAUGGACAACAUAAUAAUUAG